GCUUCCUUCCUUUCGUGCUUCGGCAACAUGGCGGCUGCAAUGGCAGCCUCUGGUUCCUCCCCAACUUCGACUCCGGCUCCGACCCCAACUCCAGUCUCUGCCCCGGAUUCAGUACAGGCUGCCGCUCCAGCUCCCGCCCCGACCCCGCCACAGGCCCAGGGACAGGCCCCGGCGUCGGCACCUCCCCCGGCUGCCCCGACCCCGGCUCCGGCGCCGGCCCCUCUCGGGCCUGGGCUACCCGGGCCGUUCCCCGGCGGCCGCGUGGUGCGGCUGCACCCAGUAAUCCUCGCCUCCAUCGUGGACAGCUACGAGCGCCGCAAUGAGGGCGCGGGCCGCGUCAUCGGCACUCUGCUGGGAACAAUUGACAAACACUCAGUAGAAGUCACCAACUGCUUUUCAGUGCCGCAUAAUGAGUCUGAGGAUGAGGUUGCUGUGGACAUGGAAUUUGCUAAGAAUAUGUAUGAGUUACAUAAGAAAGUCUCUCCAAGUGAGCUUAUUUUGGGCUGGUAUGCUACAGGCCAUGACAUCACAGAACACUCAGUGCUGAUUCAUGAAUACUAUAGCCGGGAGGCUCAUAGUCCCAUUCAUCUCACUGUGGAUACUAGUCUCCAGAAUGGACGGAUGAGUAUCAAAGCCUAUGUCAGUGCUUCCAUGGGUGUCCCAGGAAAAACCAUGGGAGUGAUGUUCACUCCUCUGACAGUGAAAUAUGUCUACUAUGAUACUGAACGAAUUGGAAUUGACCUGAUCAUGAAGACCUGUUUCAGCCCCAACCGUGUGAUCGGCCUUUCGAGUGACCUGCAGCAAGUGGGUGGGGCCUCGGCCCGGAUACAGGACGCUCUGAGCACGGUGCUGCAGUACGCCGAGGAUGUGCUGUCUGGAAAGGUGUCGGCUGACAACACGGUGGGCCGCUUCCUGAUGGGCCUGGUGAACCAAGUUCCCAAAAUUGCUCCUGAGGACUUCGAGACCAUGCUGAACAGUAACAUCAACGACCUGUUGAUGGUGACCUACCUGGCCAACCUGACCCAGUCACAGAUUGCUCUCAUUGAGAAACUCGUGAGCCUGUGAGGAGACCCAGCGAGCAGCAGCUACAGCCGGCAACUCUGCCUGGUGCGGGGCCUCCCUCGGUCCCUGACGUGGAGGGCCGAGCAGAAGAAAAGGGACUCCUUUAACCAUCAUCUUUAAGUUGCCUGUUUCUGUAGAUGAGCUGUUUGUAACUCCAAAUAAACCAUAGACAUCCCUUUUACCCCUGGGUAAGGGAUCGAGUGUGACCUCUCCCUUGGGGGAGGGAAUGCUAACUUGGAAACGCUUUUGAAAUCAAGAAAUAAAUGCUUUUGAGGCACUGGGCAAGGAA